CGGCACGCAUCUAACCCUAUAUAUAUCCUUCUUCUGCAAAUUUCAAUUCCGAUCCAUUCUUCCUAAAAUCUUUCCAUUCAUCGGUUUCACCACUUACCAAGACCAUCCUCGCAUCGGAGAAUAACAUUUCCAUCGGAUUGGAUUGGGGUUGCCAUUUCUCUGUUGUCUCUUCAGUUAUCCGAGCUUGGGUGGAUAGUAGUCUGGCAUCUCUUGAUCAGAACAUGAGCUCGGAGCCAAAUAGCCGGAGGGAGAACAAUAAUUAUCGGCCUAGAAACAACAAUUCUUCUCGGAACAACCGUCGUGAGUGGGUCCCUCGGGGCAGUGCGCCUGUUGUUGCCGCCGUGGAAGUUCCCCCAGCUACUGCUGAUAGUGCUGGCCAGAAUGAGAGUGGAAAUGGUGGGGCGUUGGUUGGUAGGCCCGUCCAUCCUGUUGUUCCGAACCGGAAUAGGGUCCAUGGUGCAUCAAGAGGAAACCCUGGUCAACGGCAUGUUGUUCAGAGGGAGAAAGAGAAGGUGGAGAGGAAGCAUUUCAGAGACGACAAUGGUAGGAUAAUGAAGGGGGUUAACAUACCCCAACUUGUGCAGGAAAUCCAGGAUAAGCUUUCCAAGGGAUCUGUUGAGUGCAUGAUCUGUUAUGACAUGGUUCGCAGGUCUGCACCCGUAUGGUCGUGCUCUAGCUGCUAUUCAAUUUUUCACCUGAAUUGCAUAAAGAAAUGGGCUAGAGCUCCUACUUCUGUUGAUUUGUUGGCUGAGAAAAAUCAGGGUACUAAUUGGCGUUGCCCUGGAUGCCAAUCAGUGCAGCUUAUGUCAGCUAAGGAGAUUCGAUACAUCUGCUUUUGUGGCAAGAGACCAGAUCCACCUUCAGAUUUAUAUUUGACUCCACAUUCUUGUGGAGAGCCUUGCAGUAAACCACUGGAAAGGGAGCUUCCUGGUAGUGGCAUGAGUGAUGAGGAUAUAUGUCCUCAUGUUUGUGUUCUGCAGUGCCAUCCUGGGCCUUGCCCUCCUUGUAAGGCCUUUGCUCCUCCCCGUAGGUGCCCUUGUGGGAAGCAAGUUAUUACCACGAGAUGCUCUGAUCGGAAGUCUGUUCUCACUUGUGGGAAGAUAUGUGAAAAGCUUCUUGACUGUGGUCGGCAUCGCUGCGCAAGCGUCUGUCAUGUGGGGCCAUGUGAUCCUUGCCAGGUCCUUGUUAAUGCUUCUUGUUUCUGUAGGAAAAAGGUUGAGGUUCUUCUUUGUGGAGAUAUGGCUGUCAAGGGAGAAAUCAAUGACCAAGAUGGUUUAUUCUCAUGCAACUUAUCUUGUGAGAAUAAAUUGAAUUGUGGAAACCAUGUUUGCCAAGAAGUUUGUCAUCCAGGUCCAUGUGGGGAAUGUGAGCUGCUGCCAGGAAAGAUUAAGGCAUGCUGCUGUGGUAAGACUAGCUUAAAUGAGGAAAGACAGAGUUGUUUGGAUCCAAUUCCAACUUGUACGCAGAAUUGUGGCAAGACCCUGGCUUGCAAGCUGCAUAACUGUCAGAGUGUGUGCCAUUCAGGGCCGUGUCCUCCCUGUAACGUUCUUGUUACCCAAAAGUGUCGGUGUGGGUCGACCUCUCGAGCUGUAGAGUGCUACAGAACUGCUCCGAGUGUUGAAAAAUUCACUUGUGAUAGACCUUGUGGCCAGAAGAAAAGCUGUGGCAGGCAUCGGUGCAGUGAGCGUUGCUGUCCUCUCUCUAGUUCCUUGAAUUCUUCCAUGGUUGAUGGAAACCCACAUUUGUGCACGAUGCCAUGUGAGAAGAAGCUACGGUGUGGUCAGCAUUCUUGCACAUCACUGUGUCACAGUGGUCAUUGUCCUCCUUGCCUGGAGACAAUUUUCACCGACUUGUCUUGUGCUUGUGGUCAAACUUCUAUUCCUCCCCCAUUGCCUUGUGGUACACCUCCACCUUCAUGUCAGUACCCUUGCUCAGUUCCUCAGCCUUGUGGUCAUCCAUCUUCACACAGCUGCCAUUUUGGAGACUGUCCACCUUGCACAGUUCCUAUCCCCAAGGAAUGUGUGGGUGGACAUGUUGUUCUUCGCAGUAUCCCUUGUGGAUCAAAAGAUAUUAGAUGCAAUAAACUAUGUGGAAAGACGAGGCAGUGUGGUUUACAUGCAUGCUCCAGAACUUGUCAUCCAGCCCCAUGUGAUUCUUCUGCUGCAUCAAGUACGAGCUUGAGAACAUCUUGUAGGCAGACAUGUGGUGCUCCGAGGAGAGAUUGUAGGCAUACUUGCACAGCUAUGUGUCACCCUGCCACUCCAUGUCCUGAUGUAAGAUGCGAAUUUCCUGUCACAAUCUCUUGCUCCUGUGGCCGAGUAAAUGCAACAGUUCCUUGUGAUGCUGGUGGCAGCAGUGGAGGAUAUAGUGCUGACACAGUUCUUGAAGCUUCUAUAAUACAAAAGUUGCCGGCGGCUCUACAACCUGUUGAGGAAAAUGUCGAGAAAAUUCCCCUUGGUUCGAGGAAGCUAAUGUGUGAUGAUGAAUGCGCAAAAGUGGAGCGCAAAAAGGUUCUUGCUGAUGCUUUUGGUGUUACUGCCCCGACCUUGGAUGCACUUCACUUUGGUGAUACUGCUUCUGUUUCUGAAGUGCUUUCUGACCUCUUGAGGCGUGAUCCUAAGUGGGUCUUGUCCGUCGAAGAGAGAUGCAGGUACCUGGUCCUUGGUAGGGGCAGGGGUGGGUUAAAUGCUAUUAAAGUCCAUGUGUUCUCUGUGAUGACCAAGGAAAAAAGAGAUGCAGUGAGGCUGGUAGCUGAAAGGUGGAAACUCUCUGUCAAUGCAGCUGGAUGGGAGCCAAAGAGAUUUGUCAUUGUUCAUGUCACACCGAAGUCAAAAGCCCCAGCUCGCAUGCUUGGUGUUAAGUCAUGCAAUCCUGGUAACAUGUUGCAACCCCCGAUAUUUGAUCCCCUGGUGGACAUGGAUCCCCGCCUUGUUGUGGCUUUAUUUGAUUUACCUAGGGAAGCUGAUGUCAGUGCACUGGUGUUGAGGUUUGGUGGGGAAUGUGAAUUGGUUUGGUUGAAUGAUAAGAAUGCAUUAGCUGUCUUCAGUGAUCCAGGGAGAGCAGCAACUGCUAUGAGGAGAUUGGAUCAGGGGUCUGUGUAUUACGGUGCUGUUGCAGUUCCUCAGAAUGGGGGGGCCUCAGCAACGACUUCAGGCACUGGUGCAUGGGGAUCUUCUGCAGCUUCCAAAGAUGCUGCAUCUGGAGCGAUCCUGAAAGAGAACCCUUGGAAGAAGGUUGUCCUGCAGGACUCUGAGCACAAGGAAAGCUCGUGGGGAGGAGCUGAGGAGUGGUCUGCUAAUGCAGCUGAUCCCAAAUUGCAUCACUGGAAAGAUAAGGAAGCUCCAACUGCUUCUUCAAGCAACCGCUGGAGUGUCCUGCAAUCGGGAAGCAGUUCAAAAUCAUCCGAUGCUUCUACAAAAACGGAGAAUCGUCAGAAACAGCCAGAAACUCCUCCGAACUUGUCGUCUUCUAAGGGAGAGGAAUCUAGCUUGAAUGCAGCAGCAUUGCAGCCAGAAGGCAUGAGCAACAGUGGGUCUGGUGAUGUGGUGGACGAUUGGGAGAAUGCCUAUGAUUGAGCGAGCAAGCAUGGCGUGUGAACAUAUUGGCAUCACGAGUAAUGCAUUUAGAGUGCUUAUAUGGGAGAUUGAAGUAUAUCUUUUGGUAGCAGGUUCAGCAUUUUGAAUUCUCCCCUCAAAUUCCUCCUUAUUGUUGGCUGUCUUGUUUAUUAGUUACCAUUACCCAAUCGUCUAGGCUAAAUUGCAUCCCCUGCCUCUAUAGACAUUUUAGCAGGCAAUUUUAGUGCUGGCUUGUGAUUUUCUUGAAAAAAAUAUGAUAAUGAAAAGGUUCAUUUCUUUUGAACAA